AUGGUUUUCCGCAGCAAGAUUUUUCAUGAGCCAGGGGGCCCAGAUGGGAGGAGACGUGAUGUUUUUCCUCUGCCUCUGUUAGCGCUUCCAGACAAGCCAGGUCCCGGGCUCAGUCGUGCUGUGGCUCGUCGCGUGCAUACCAAGUUGCACGUUAUGGAGCGGGUGAACUUGGCCAUAUCCGCUUUGAAUUCUCUUUUCUUUGGUGGUGAAGGUCGUGUUCCUUGCAACCGAGUGACCUCAAUGGAUCACCUUCCUCUUGCACAGUUUGAGGCGGUGAAGGGGCUUGUACAGAGGAUUCGGAAUUUCGGAGCACCACCACCGAGUGCGAGUCGCCAGGGAGCCCUUGCGGCGCUCCGGGCACCUGCCUCUGGGUAUGUUACGCCGGAGGCGGGAGUGGGAGAGGUUGUGGAUAUGAAGUUGGAAGCCUUGUCCUUACCCUCGGGCCUUGUAGCAGGGGUUGACCUGAGUACACAGUUGCCGACGACGUUGCGUGAUAUGGUCGUGAACUUUGAAGAGUGGAUGCUCAGAGAUGCUGAUUCAUGGUCUGGGGUCAGUCAUUUGACCCAGUCAAUGCGGCCUUACAAUGACCCGAGUCUGCACAAUCGCGCGGGGUACCUGCGUUUUCUGAAGCAUCUUCGGCAGUGUGGUAUUUUGGGUUUCUCUUCUUGCGUUCGGGGGAGGGUUGGCGCUUUCACAGUGUCUAAGAAGGACAAGAUCGUGAAUGGAGUCAAAGUCAAGCGACAAAGGUUGGUGCUUGAUUGCCGCCAGGUGAACUUACAAUUCCGGACGCCUCCUCAUGUUGAGCUAGGCUCGCUAUCGGCGGUCACGGAGUUGGAAUUGGGGCAAGAUCAGUACCUGUUCACGUCGGGUUCAGAUAUACAGGAUUGUUUCUAUGCAUGCUUCCUCCCGAAGGGCCUCGAAGAGUUCUUCUGCCUGGCUUCGGACAUUUCGCCGGAGGAGGCGGUCGAAGUGUUCGGGGAGAACGCUGCUGACUUUGUCUCAGCUCCGCGCAUUUCUCCUUGCAUUACAGUGCUUCCCAUGGGAUUCAGUUGGUCUUUCUAUUUGGUGCAAAAGCUUCAUGAGGGCGCAUGUUUGGAUGCAUUGCGGAUUCCCCGUAGCAAUCUCAUCCUCGACGGGUACCCCGCCCCCGAUGUAUCAGGUGACAGCGUACUUUCCAUGCCGUAUUGCGACAAUGUCCACUGCAUGGCUACAUCCGCUGAGGCCUGCAAUCAGGGGAAAGAUGGUAUCUGUGAUCGUCUUGCGGAUAUGGGGUUCACUCUUCAUGAACAUGAAGCUGCUUCCCUUGUCUUUCCAACUUUAGGCGGCGAGAUAGAUGGUAAUCGGGGGGAGGUCCGUACCUCGGCAUCACGUGCUUGGAACAUCAUUCUCGCUUUUGAGUACAUGACGGAUAAUGUCGUGUCGCCCGAACUGGUGCAGAAAUUACUGGGCCAUGCGAUGGUUAUAUGUGUCUUGAAUCGUUGUGGGAUGUGUGUGUUCAGGCGUCUCUACGACUUCAUCGAGAAGGGUGGAUCGCCCCGUCGAUUGAGCCGGGAAGAGGCCGAGGAGUGCAGAGUUUUCAUUGGGGUCAUUCCGUUGCUGGUGGGGGACCUGCGGCGAGAAUGGUCUGAGACGAUAACUGCUACCGAUGCCUCUCCGGAAGGGUAUGGAAUCUGUGAGCGGGGUUGUCCUCGUGACACGGUGCGUUGCAUUGGCAGGUGGAAUGAGCGCUGGCGCUUUCGGCGUCUGCCUCCGGAGGAGUGGCAACCUCGACAACGAGCCGCAGGACUAGACCCAUUCCGUGAUCUCAACACAGUUUUUGUCGAAGGUGAUGACCCUGAACAGUUGGAAUAUACCCCAAACGAGUCUUUCCCUGAAGUCCCUCACUCGCUGAUGGAUCGCGAUACCUGGCAUACAGUGCUCAUGGGACGUUGGGGUGAAACUGGCGAACAUAUUACUCUCAAGGAAGGGCGAGCACUUGUUCUGGCAGUUAGGCGCAUGGCGAGAAGCACUCACAGCAGACGUAAGCGACAUUUGGUUAUCGUUGAUAGCAUGUCGCUGGCUUUUGCAGCGACGAAAGGUCGGGCUACCAAUUUCGCGCUUUUGCGCAUUACUCAACAGCUUAGCGCAUUAAGUCUUGCUGGGGACUUUCAGCUCCGCCUGCGAUGGGUUCCCAGUGAAGUCAAUGUUGCGGAUGGACCAAGCCGUGGUAUCCUGCUCCCGCGUUGUGAAGGUCAAGUGGGGGCCUCCAAGCAAACUGGCGACAUCGUCCAGAGCUUUGAGACCAGCGCGGAGGAAAGUCACCAGUGGCAUCCAGACGAGGGGCGCGGCCAAACCGACAAAACCGGUCAGGAAGGCGAAUCUCAAGGAGCGCAUUGUGCCAAUGAGCAAAUCAGUUGGCAAACCCUCUGCUCGCCAAAGAGUUUGGGGAAGCUGGCGCAGUCCAAGCAGCUGUCAUUUCUGGAGACCAAAAGUGUUUCCACAGAAGUGGCGGAGCAGUACCGGAAGUAUUUCGACAAGUACAAGAGUUUUUGCAAGGAGCACGGAGUUGCCGAGCUCACAAGUCAGAACACCGACAUUUACUUAGUCGACUAUCUGGACCUGUUGUUCUUCGAGGCCAAGGGGCUAAGCGAAGCGGAGAAAACGGUUGCAUCAGUCGAGUUCUUUUGCCCGCAUGUGAAAGGGCAUCUGUCUCGGAGUCGCAGGGCGCUGAAGGGCUGGAGAAAGGAGGAUCCACCAUCCAGUCGGCUACCACUGCCUCUGCUUGUAGCAUGUGGCAUUGCGAUGGUCCUGCUGCGCAAGCGGCUCAGGCAAAUGGCGUUGAUGGUGAUGCUAUGCUUCGACACGUACUUUCGUCCGGGGGAGGCUUUCACCCUGACCAAGAAGGAUUGUGUGGCUCCAGUCCGAGGCGCGGGUCCGCAGUACUCGUUUCACGCGGUCAUCGUGCGGGACAUAGCGGACUCCGUCCCCGACAAAGUGGGCGUCUUCGACAAUACAAUUCUACUCAACAGCAAAGGUCGUCUUUGGAUAGGAGAGAUGAUUCAGGAUCUGGCGCGUCAGCGACGGCGUGGGAGCGAUCUCCUUUUCGAUUUCAGUCCGGAGGACUACCGGAAAGCUUUCGCAUCAGCGGGGAAGGAGCUGGGCCUAGAAGGGAUCCACCCUUAUCAGCUGCGUCAUGGCGGUGCGGCGGAGGAUCUCAACUCGAAGGAGCGCGACUUCAAUGCAGUCAAGGCAAGAGGCCGUUGGCAAACCGACCAAUCAGUGAGACGAUAUGGGAAAACCGGGAAAAUUCAGAAGUUGUUGAGCCUGCUAUCGCCCAGCGAUCUGGCCUAUUGCCGGUGGUCUCUCCAACAUUUGGAGGCGGUUUUCAAAGGCCGAACACCGGCACGAUAG